GGAAGCAGCCUCUGCACUGCUUUUAUAAUCGCUGUUGAUCAGUGGUUUGCUCCACUUUUCCUGAUAUUACUAAUGGGAAAAUUGUAUUAAGGUAUUGCUUCUAAAACUAUUAUUUGCAUUGACAAAAAUAACUUUUGUGGACUUAACAGCAAGUGACAAUAAAAUGCUCGUGAAGGAAUCAUAGGUGAUAACUUCUCUGCUCCAGCAUUGCUUUUCUGUGUGCAGAGUGGAAUACCAAGCGAGACAGAGCAUUAUUAAGAUACUUGGGCUUGUUUUUUGAGUACAGCUUAUAACUGCAGCAGGGCUGCACUGAACACUUAAAAUACGAAGUCAGCAAAUCUGCUGCCUUUCUCACUGCUGAUACAGAUUAUACAGACGCUUGCCUUUUUGAAAUGCCUUUUGUGAAACCUAUGUACACAGUCCUCCACUGUUACUGUACAUAACUAUAUAUUUGAGGAAGGAAUUUGACAAGUGAUUGUUAAUUCAAGAAAUCUUUGGACAAGCACUCACUUAUGUAUUGCUGUAGUGCACAAGAAAGCAAAAUGGACUAUAAGCGGCGCUUUUUGCUUGGCGGGUCCAAGCAAAAAGUGCAGCAACACCAGCAGUAUCAAAUGCCUGAGCUAGGCAGGACCCUGAGCGCACCGCUGGCAUCUACAACCCCAGCAUCCCCUUUGGUCUCCUCAGCUGCUGCGGGCAGCUGCAACCACCCUGUGUCCCAUACUACUCCGAUCGCAGACAUCCAGCAGGGAAUCUCCAAGUAUCUGGAUGCACUCAACGUGUUUUGCCGUACAAGCACUUUCCUUACAGACCUUUUCAGCAGUGUAUUUAGGAACUCACACUAUUCUAAGGCAGCUAUGCAACUGAAAGACGUGCAGGAACAUGUCAUGGAAGCAGCGAGUCGACUCACAGCAGCAAUAAAACCAGAAAUAGCAAAAAUGCUGAUGGAACUGAGUGCAGGAGCUGCAAACUUUAAAGAUCAAAAAGAGUUCAGCCUACAAGACAUUGAGGUACUUGGGCGAUGUUUCUUGACGGUGAUGCAGGUCCACUUUCAGUUCCUGUCACAAGCUUUGCAGAAGGUCCAGCCAGUGGCACACUCUUGCUUUGCUGAAGCUGUAGCUCAGGAGAGAAAGAACGUUAGUGGGGCUGGAGCCUCAAACUUAAGCCCCACAAAUGAGCUAGAAGAUGCAGUAAGAUCAUGGAGAGGAGCAGCAGAGGCCACAUCUCGACUGCGAGAAAGAGGCUGUGAUGGAUGUUUGGCAGGAAUUGAAGUUCAGCAACUUUUCUGCUCACAGAGUGUGGCAAUCCCUGAACAUCAGCUCAAAGAGCUAAACAUGAAAAUUGACAGUGCUUUGCAGGCUUACAAAGUGGCUUUGGAGAGUUUAGGCCAUUGUGAAUAUGCAAUGAAGGCUGGCUUCCACUUGAACCCGAAAGCUAUUGAAGCAAGUCUUCAGGGCUGUUGCAGUGAAGCUGAAGCCCAGCAAACAGGAAGGAGACAGACUCCACCUCAGCCAAUUCAGUGUGAACUGCCCACUGUACCUGUUCAGAUAGGAUCGCAUUUUCUGAAAGGAAUAUCCUUUAAUGAGUCUGCAGCAGAAAACCUGAAGCUGAAGACGCACACAAUGCUGCAGUUGAUUAAGGAAGCUGGAUGCCAUAAUGGACUUACACCACGGGAUGACUCUCCUGUUACUGAAGUACUAAAUCAGGUUUGCCCUUCCACUUGGCGAGGAGCCUGCAAAACUGCUGUACAAUUGUUAUUUGGCCAAGCUGGACUGGUGGUUGUGGACACCGCACAGAUUGAAAAUAAAGAAGCCUAUGCUCCUCAGAUAAGUUUAGAAGGAUCCAGAAUUGUGGUGCAAGUUCCAUCAACUUGGUGUCUGAAAGAAGAUCCAGCAACAAUGUCUUUGCUACAGAGGAGUCUGGAUCCAGAGAAGACUUUGGGACUAGUCGAUGUGCUCUAUACUGCUGUGUUUGACAUACACAGGUGGAAGGAAGGAAGGGAGCAAGCUUUGCCUUGUAUUCAGAUCCAGUUACAGCGUGAAAUCUCAGACUUUGGGAAUCAAGUUGACAUGCCAUCCGGAAAUGGAAGCAAGUCUUCAGGUGGUCUACAAAAGACAUUCUCAAAACUGACUUCACGGUUUACAAAAAAAACUUCCUGCACCAGUACAAGUAAUACUGGAAAUUAUUCAAUCCCCAAUACACCUUCCAAAAAUGUCUUCAUAAGUUCCAACUCAGAGGAGAAAGCUAAAAUGCCCACUAACAUAGAUGCGCGGUUACAAAGCAUUUUGAACAUUGGUAAUUUUCCUAGGACUGCAGAUCCACUGCAGUCAAUUCAGAGCACAAACAAUCAGCUAGUGAAUGGGUUUCUAGUUGAAAGACAGGACAACUUCUUCAAACCGGAUGACACCAAGGAUGACAAAGGUAUGAAUUUACCAACUGACCAAGAAAUGCAGGAUGUUAUAGAUUUCUUGUCUGGUUUUAACAUGGGCAAAUCCCAGCAGACUUCUCCGAUGGUGAAAAGGAGGAACUCUGUUGCAUCCUCGACAGCAACAGAGCAAAAAUCAGGAACAGUACAACAGCAACCGCAAUCUGUCUCUCUUACACCACUGCAUCCCUCUCAGCAGGGCUUGUCACAGCAACAACAGUCACAAAAGCAACAGCAGCAGCAAAUGCAGUAUUACCAACACUUGCUUCAACCUAUUGGACCACAGCAACGUGUACCUGCCAAAUGGCUGACUAACUCUUCACAGCAGCCAGCCCAAGCUGUUGGAGCUGGAUUGUCUCAUUUAAACCAGUGGAACAAUCCUGGUUUUUCCGAUUUAAGCUCUGAUUUGUACAGCUUGGGUCUUGUGAGCAGCUAUAUGGACAAUAUGAUGUCAGAGAUGUUAGGACAGAAACCACAAGGACCUAGGAACAACACAUGGCCAAAUCGUGACCAAACUGAUGGAGUGUUUGGGAUGUUGGGAGAAAUCCUGCCUUUUGACCCUGCAGUUGGUUCAGAUCCAGAAUUUGCCCGCUAUGUUGCUGGGGUCAACCAGGCUAUGCAACAAAAAAGGCAAGCACAGCAUGUCCGUCGUCCAAGCAACACACGUAGCAACUGGCCUCUUCCUGAUGAUCCUCAUAAAACCUGGCCCUUUCCUGAGUAUUUCACAGAAGGUGAUGUGACAAAUAGCUGGUCUGGUACUCAAGGAGACUCUGCCAGCUCAAGUGACGAGACCUCCUCAGCUAAUGGAGACAGUUUGUUCUCCAUGUUCUCAGGGCCAGACCUUGUUGCUGCUGUAAAGCAGAGAAGAAAACACAGUAGUGGCGAACAGGAACCUAGUACGUUACCAUCACCACCUCUUCUUUCUGCAGCAGAUGACCGUAAUCAGGAUAAUAAAACCAAAACCUGGCCUCCAAAGGCACCCUGGCAGCAUACGUCCUCUGUCACGAACACGCUACCCAGUCAGAGUACAUCUUUGUAUCCUAUGAGCAGCCCUGUCAGCCAGUGGAGCGACACGAUGCAGAUCCUCCAGUCCCCCAUGUGGGCAGCAGCCAACGACUGUGCUUCAGCAGCAGGAAUUUCCUCUAACUUUGCCUAUGCGCAGCAGCAGCAAUCACAACAGGCCUCCCAGCACAAACAGAUGAAUAAGGGCUUUAAAUCUUUUCCAGUAAAGCACGAACGCAGACCAUCUUACCUGCAUCAGUACUAAUCGCUUUUCAUAUUGGAAAAUACAGCACAGGGCCGAACAUAAAUUACAUAUACUUUGUUUCACAAUUGUGUAUUGGCUAUGUCCUGUUUAUCUCAUUAAAUAUGGAAUUGAGGGGAUUUGGGUGAGAUAGACAACUCUUGAAUUCUGAUUUACAGUGCUGAGCAAAUAUGGCCAAUAUGUUUGUUUGAUGUACAUGAAACAGCCCAAAACUGUGAUGUAGAAAUGCUUUUAAAAAUGUGUAUAUUGCCUUUACUUUCAAAACCUUUUUUUUUUUAAAAGAACUGCUGAAGGACUACCAUACAAGAAACACUGUAUUUUAUAGCUAUUUUUCAUAUAGAUUUAUAGUUAAACAUCUUACUGAAACACAUUGAAUAUGUUGAAGCAAAUAUAUAGUGGUCACUUUGCUCAACACUGUUUGUGUUUAAAUUUAUAACAGACAAGCUGUAAAGUCUUUGUAUUCUCCAUAAACGGCCUGUGGGCAGCUUCUUUUUAAAUGAAGUGCAGCAGCAGCUUUUUGUGUGCCACACAAGUGCGUUCAUUAUGAAACUGCUGCAGAAACAGUUGCAAAAUUGAGUUUUGUGGUAGUUUCCUUACUCUAAGUAAAGAACAGCAGAACCACUCAAACUUGUGUCACAAAUGUUACCUGAGCUGCUUAAAGUAGAUGGCAUCUGUGUGGAUAAUAUGACACUGGUUUUCAAAUAAAUACACCAUUUCUUACUGCUUCAUUUGGCCAAAGGCAUUAUCCACACAGUGCUCCUUAAGUGUGUGAAAGUAUAGCCUAAAAGACUACUUGCAUAUAUUUAAAGUCUUAUUUCAGAUGCUACAGUUGAUUAAAAAUUGUGAGCUGGCUCAGAAGAUACUAAACUGAAAUGUGGGGUAGCAGUUAGUUAAAAGAACAUUAUUUUUUUUAAAAGGAUAAAGUAAUUAUUUGCAGUCAAUAUGUGCCAUUAAGUGAACCUGUGGAAUUAGGAAUAAUCUUCCAACCAAAGUGGAUCCGGGAGAGUGAUUGGUGCUUAAAAAUUGAAGAACAAUGGUAAAUAUAUGUAUAGCUAUCCCACUGUAUAUUAAUUGAGAUUACAGAAGAUUCUUUAUAUAGUUAGAGCUUAUUUAAAUUUUCAUAUUUCAUCUUUGAAAGAGUCUAAAAACCACAAUAUUUUCUGGUAUAAGAGUUUUGACAGUAUUAAUCUUAUUUUUGUAUUUUUCUUAAGUCAUAUCAUUCUAAUAUGUUAACUACUAGUAAAAUGAGUUAUUAGUUCUAACUACAUAAUUUUUCAAUGAAGAUAAAGCACAUUUGUUGUUUUUGUUUUUACAAACUAAGUACAUCUAUAUCUAAAGAUACCAAAAAAUAAAUACAUUAUAUAUAUAAAUAAAAAAUAUACACAACACUAAAACUAUUAAACAUUUGGGUAUUUAAAACCCAUCCACCUUUUUUGUUUGUAUGGUGACGGGCCAUAUUUGCAGGCCCAGAUUGUUACCUUUUGUGCUGUUUGAGGAUGCCAAUGUUGCCUGUAUUUAUGAUAUUGUCACCAUGUUUUCUGAAACUUCAUACUUACCAUGUUUACAGAGAUUUGUUUGCUGUACAUAGACUUUUUACAGUAAUGUGCUUUGCACAAUCAGUGUGGCUUCUGUCUGUAAAUUGUUAAUGGUCUGUACUACUAUAAUUUUGAAAACCCUCUGCUGAAAAUGUUGGUGGUUAUUUAACUUGAUGAAUGGUUUUGAGUUUCCUAAAUCUUGUCAUUUAGAUCUAAUAUUAAAUCCUAAAUUUGGUUGUACUUACUGGUUAUUCAUACUAAGACCAACAUAGAAGUUAAUGAAAACACUUAAUUUUGAACUUUUUCUAACAAGUGCCAAAAUUAUUGCUAUAGUUUUUGCAGUUAAUUCAUAAUUACAAAUGCUGGCAAGUUUCUGGACCUACAUAAGUGAAUUGUGAAAUCAAAGAAAGUUUGUCUGCAUUUUGACCACGUAGGUGCUACUCUGUCCUUUGCUUCCGAUUGUUCUGAACACUGGUAAUUUUAAGAAUUGUUGCACUUGGCAAAUGAGUCUUGCCAUUAAACUUCACUUACACUGCCAAGUGCAAGGGUUUGGUGCUUAGUUAACUUACCCUUAUUGCAGUGCUUCUUGUGAAUAGCUAAUGCUUCUGAACUGGAACUGUACAUUUUGUAUUUUAAAGCUUCUGUAAAAUUAAACUAUUUGCUUUAUUAAAGAUAUACAUUUAAUAGGU